GCUUCAGGCAUUGCAGCCAUGGAAGGUUUAAGGAAGUUUGUAUUUUACUCACUUGUUUCAGUGGCCACUGUUAUGUGCCAUUUCGGCACGUGUGAGGCCGGACAGGGUGAGGCACUUACGAAGCUCAUGAAGGCCAAAAUGACGGGGGAGUCGAGGGUCGAGAUGGUGCAGAAAUGGGAGUCUUUUGGAGAGGUAGCGCGUGCGCUGCCUCAGCACGGGUUGAAAGAGAAAGAUGAGAUUGUUGGUGGGUUGCAUGGUCAGCCUGAGGGUGUGGAAUUCAAGCAGUAUGCUGGUUAUGUGACCCUCGACGAGACGGCAGGGAGGGCGCUCUUCUACUAUUUCGCUGAGGCCGUUGACCCUCUCUCUAAGCCCCUUCUCCUCUGGCUCAAUGGAGGUCCAGGGUGCUCUUCACUUGGGUAUGGAGCAAUGGAGGAGUUGGGACCCUUUAGAGUUCAAAGUGAUGGGAAGACACUCUACAAGAACAGAUAUGCAUGGAACAAAGUGGCAAAUGUUUUGUUCUUGGAGUCCCCAGCAGGCGUUGGCUACUCUUACUCCAACACCACCACUGAUUAUGCUCUUAGCGGCGAUCAGAGAACUGCAUCAGAUGCUUACAUUUUCCUGAUCAACUGGUUUGAGAGAUUCCCAGAAUACAAGAACCGGGAGUUCUACAUAUCUGGUGAGAGUUAUGCAGGGCACUAUGUUCCACAACUCGCUUACCAAGUGCUCAGGCAUAACCAGAUGGCCGAAAAAGCCUUAAUCAAUCUCAGAGGCAUAGCGAUGGGCAACGCUGUGAUGAACGAUGAAACAGAUGGUCCAGGAAUGUAUGAGUACUUUUGGAACCACGCUCUCAUCUCUGAUGAAACAAUCGAUGGCAUCCGCAAGCAUUGCGAUUUCGCUCCAAACUCUUCAUCGAACUCACAGUGCAACGCCUCGCUCUCGGAGGCCAAUAAAGUUUUCGAUCAACUCGACAUUUACGACAUUUAUGCCCCUUUUUGCAUUUCCGCUGUCCUCACAAAGCCCCACCGCUGUUCUAGGCGAUGGGAAUUUGAUCCUUGCACUAGUAACUACGUGGAAAAUUACCUCAAUCUUCCUGCGGUUCAGAAGGCCUUCCAUGCUAAUGUUACUGGCUUACCGUAUCCUUGGAGCGGAUGCAGCUCUGUCAUCUCCACAUGGGCCGAUACCGUAGAUACGAUCCUGCCCCUAGUACAGGAAUUUAUUGCCCGUGGAAUCCGGGUAUUGGUUUACAGUGGUGAUACGGACGGUAGGGUUCCAGUGACCGGCACAAGGUCCUCAGUGAACAAGCUUAACCUCGGAAUUCAAACUCCUUGGUACCCUUGGUACACCAAAGGCGAGGUUGGAGGGUAUAGUGUGAUAUACAAGGGCGGAUUGACAUUCGCUACUGUCAGAGGGGCAGGCCAUGAGGUCCCUAGCUACCAACCCGCGAGAUCUCUUACCCUCAUUAAUGCCUUCCUCAAGGGGAAGCCCCUGCCUUCUUAGUAAACCUGCAAUGCAUGUAAAGAGAGCUUGAAGGGAAAUCAGAACACUUUCAUAUGAUUUGGCUUACAGGAUGAAUUGUACAGUCCACUUACAGGCAUAGACAUGCUCAGCAUCACACAAUGCCCAGCUUAUUUUCUCCUUUGCAUUAAAGAUGGGCAGUUGAUUUACUCUCUUGCAUCUAAGAUGUGCAAUUUAUUUACUCUUUGAAGUU